AUUGAAAAAUAGUAAAAAUAAUAAUUAAAUAGGAGUAAAUGUAUGUAAAUGGUGACGAUGAAGUUGUGGUUUGUGUUGGCUAGCAAUGACGAGGUAUAAAAUAAUAAUAAUAAAAAUAAUGAAUAAUUGUGGUGGGGGGCAAGUAAAAACGUCGAGGAUAAGGCAAAAAACUAAUGGUAGUGGGGGGCAAUAUCUUGAUGGCGCCUCUAGCAGUCAGGGGAGGUAAAGAAGAGAGUUUUCAAGAGGUUCAGAUUCACGAGUCAAGCACAAGAGUCAGAGUCAAAGUUGAGUAAGAGAGUAAUAGAGGUGAAAAGUACGUUGUGGUGAAUUUACUCGUGAAUAAUAAUAGUAAUAAAUGAGUCUGUUGUUGGCAAGACUUGGAAUAUAGAAAACAAAUUAUAUUAGCAUGUGAUUGAGGUAUAGAAAUAAUUGAUACCAGCUCAAGUUUGAGUCAUCAAAAUACACUGGUUAUUGGUGCAAUUAGGCUGUGAAUUGUGAUGACAAUAAUUAUUUAACAAAAAAAAAAAAUUAAUAAUCAAAUAUAAUUUUGACAAAUCGACAAGUUUAUCAGGAAUAAAAAUAUUGCCCAUUUGGGCAUUAUUGAAUCAAUAAAAACAAGGAUUCAUCAUAUUGUACUGUGGUUUUGGAUGUUAGCUGUUGCGGGGGUGGCUAAAAAAGCCCCACCGCCAGGUACGGGUCUCGAUGCCGGUCCCUGUAUCACAAACCCUUACGCUCACCUCCAGUUUGAUACCCAAGGAGGAAUCAACAAUGCCCUUUAUAGAUGACGAGUUACUUUGGUGUCCUGAUAAUGAUGGAAAAAUGGUUGAUCUAACACAAUGUCUUCAGGAAAAUGGCACAGGACAAUCAGUUGAAUUUUCAUCAAUGGAUUUAAGUGCUCUGGUUGGUGCACCAUCUGAGACACCACAAAAUGUACCUGUUAGAGAUGAUAAUGGUGAUAUGUCUAGUGUCAAUGAAGACACACUUCAAUCAUUUGAUACACUUGACACAUUUUUACGAGAAUUACAAGCUGAUUUGGCUGAAGCAAGUCAACCAACAUCAACAACAUCAACAACAAUUAAUAAUAAUAUUUCUUGUCGAAGGCAAAUGAGAUAUAACAUUGCUGCUGCAAAUCCACUAUUAGCAGAAAAAUUAGCAGCACCAUCAUCACAAAUAUCACCAUCAUCUUUAAAUUCUUAUUCUGCAAGAGCUGAAAUUAAAACAGAAAACAUCAUGACUGGAUCCAGUAAAGUUGAUACGAGAGAAGUACAAUCACAUGACACAAAUGGUAAUAGCAAUGGUGUUGGUGGUGUUGGUGGUGAAAGAGGUGAGGGAGGAAUAGAAGGAGGUAAUGAUAAACAAUCACUUGGCUUAACAACAAUCAAAUCAGAACCAGGCAGUACAACUGGAGCAAGAUUACUUCAUGGAAUAUUAUCACAACAUCCACAACAACAACAACAACAGCAGCAACAACAACAACAUGCUGGUGGUAAUGGUAUUGGUGUACAAAAUGGUUAUGGUAGACCCAUGACGAGUCAUCCACAACUUGGUCAACCACCAUAUAGCUUAAAUGCAAUUGCCACAACAAAUACCCCAGGAAGUGGAUCACUGCCAGCAAGUCCAGCUGAUAGUGGUGUAAGUGAUGUCGAGUCCAGUACGUCCUCGGGUGGUAAUGAAGAUGCAAAUCUUUUGCUCAAAGCAAGACUCAAUCCAAACUCAUCCCUUCAACCGAGUCUUGCAUCACAUCAUUCUCAUUUAUCUUCUGCAAUGGGAAGAUCAGCUUGUCACAGUCCAGGUGUAUAUUCAUCUUCAACUGGAUUUUUGCCAUCUUAUCAUUCACAUCAACACCAUAAUAAUUCACAUUAUCAUCAACAUCAAAGAGGUAGUUCGCCACAUCUUCCACACAAUAGUCAUGGUGGAAUGCAAUCAUCAAUGGGACCACCACCUCAUCAUCACCAACAUCAACACCAUCAACACCAUCAUCAAUCCCAAAGUCUACAACACAUUCACUAUCGUCAGCCAACAACACUAUCAGAAAGCUACAAUAGUUAUGUAAAUUCCAUAUACGGCAGCAGUGGCAUUGGUAAUGGCACCAAUAACAAUAAUAGUAACAAUAAUAGUAAUAAUAAUAGUAAUAAUAUAAAUGGUGGUGGACAUUUUGCAGCACCAUGUACUCCAAGUCCACCACGAGGACCAGGUAGUGGUGGUGGUGGUGGUAAUAGUGGUGGUGUACCAACAAGUGUUAUACAAGCAGCAACAAGUUCAGUAUCUGAUGAUUUAUAUUUACUUGAACUUGGUUAUCAGCCACGUAUUAAAAAAAGUAAAUUAAAAAAAAUACGACACAGUGAUGGUUCAGCUGGUGUCAAAAGAAAAUCACGUGAAGGCUCAACAACAUAUUUAUGGGAAUUUUUAUUAAAAUUAUUACAAGAUCCAGAAUAUUGUCCACGUUAUAUUAAAUGGACAAAUCGUGAAAGAGGUGUAUUUAAACUUGUUGAUAGUAAAGCUGUAUCAAGAUUAUGGGGUUUACAUAAAAAUAAACCAGAUAUGAAUUAUGAAACAAUGGGACGUGCAUUGAGAUAUUAUUAUCAACGUGGAAUACUUGCUAAAGUUGAUGGUCAAAGACUUGUUUAUCAAUUUGUUGAUGUACCAAAAGAUAUUGUUGAAAUUGAUUGUACGGGUGCGUGAAACAAGGCCAACAAUAAUACAACAAAUAAAUAUUUUAAAUAUCAACAACAAAACAUUGAUAAUACAACACAUGUCAAGUUUAAAAAAAUAAAACUUGACAGUAUGUUGACUCGUUGUGAAAAACUUAUAUUAUUAUCAUCAUCUACGUCGUCGUUGUCAUCGUUUUCAUCAUUGAGCUCUUCUUGCCGCCAAUCUGUGACAACUUGGCAUGUACCUCAAAUUGUGGAUUAAAUUGUUAUCCAUUUUUUCAUCACCCUCUCUGAUGACUCUGUCUUGUUUAUUGUAUUAUUAUUAUUUUUCAUUUUAUUAUUAGUAAAUAUUAUUGUUUUUUUUUAUUAUUAUUAUUUAAAAAGAGAGUCUCUUUCAUUUAACAAUUCAAUCAUUUUUUGUUGGAAUGAAGAUAUAUUAAAUUUUAAUUUGAAUAAUUUUAUUUGUUUUCUCUUUUAUUAUUAUUAUUAUUAUUAUUAUUAAUAUAUAUUUCAUGAAAAUGUACAAAAUUUAAAAUAAGUUUUUAUUGUGAACGUCAAAUGUGUUGUACUUUUAAAAAAAUUUUUAGAAAAAUUUAAAAUAUAUAUAUAUAUAAUGAAAUUUAAAAAAAAUUUAUUGGCAAAUUACUUAAUGUUUUUUUUUUUUUUUUUAAUAGAGAUAUAAGCAAAAUUGUAUAUUUGAAAACAAAUAAAAAUUGAUAAAUUAUUUAUUGUAAAUUUGGUGAUUGUAAUAGAAAGGAGAAAAAAAAAAAAAAAGUUUUUGAAAUUUAGAUGAAUAUUGUUAAAGAGGAAAAAAAUAUGAAAAAUUAUUUAUGAAUGAUGGGCUGUGAAAAGUUUAAAGAGAAAAGCGCUUAAAAGUUCUGCUGAAAGAGCUCAGGGAGGGUUAAAAUAUUUUUUUAAAAUUAAAAAAAUAAAUAAUGGAUAAAUGUAUAAGAGAAUUUAACUUGAGGGUUUAAUGAUGUAAGGUGCUGGCUAUUACAACAUGAGGUCCAACAACAAUGUUAUUUAGAAAAGAAAAAAAAAACGAAACAAUAAAAUAAUAGUGUUACUUGUUUUCUAGAAAUUAUUGAGACAGACAUUAUCUAUAUAUCUCUGUACAUACUUUAUAAAUAAAUGAAAAAUAAAAAAACUAUAAUUUUAGUAUAUAUAUAUAUUAAAAAUAAUACAUAAUUAUAUGUUAUUAUUUAAUAAAUGGCGAGUGUUGAUGUGUCUCUGUGAGAUAUUUUAUGCCACGUAAAUAAAUCGAUUAAUCUAUUAAAAUUUAUAUAAA